AUGUGUGGAGAUGGAUGGCAUUGCAACGAAGGCUCUUCGUACUUUGUGUCAGCUGAACGUUCGGACUGGUCCGCCGCCCGGGACAGGUGCGUGGACGUGGGAGCGACGCUGGCCUCCGUCAAGGACCAACCCGAAAAUACGUAUUUGAACGACUUGCUAAAAACGUACGGCGAAGACUUCUACUGGCUAGGGGGGAGCAGAGCGAGCUCGGGGGGUCCGUGGCUCUGGGAGACGGGGGAGGCGUGGGGCUAUGAGAACUGGAGCGAUCUUAGAGCUAACCUUUGCAUGGGCAUCUCGGUAAUAUCUAGCAUUGGGUUGCAAGACAUGGAUUGCAUGCACGCACAUCGGUACGUGUGCGAAAAAAUAGCCUGA